GUUCGUAAAGAGUUGUGUUCAAUUGAUUCGAAUGCGUCCGCGAUGAAAACGAUUGAUAGCGGUCUAUUUGCAUUGUGUUUGGACUCAUUGGAUUCAAGCGAUCCUCAGACGCUGAUCCCAAAUCUUCUCUACGGUGACAAUGCUUCAAAUAGGUAA